AUGAAAAAUUAUAUAAUAUAUAAGAAAGAUGAAAAAAAAUUACUCUUUGAAAAAUUUGAAAAUGAUAUAAUAAAUUUACUAAAAAUUCAUAAUGUUUUUUUUGUUAUUGGAAAGUUAGAAUUUAACGAGAUUAUAAGACUAGUUAAUAUUUUGUAUGAAAAGAAAAUUCAUACAUUAAAUGAAAGUGGAAAAAUAUGCAUUACAGCUUCUGAUAAGAUUUAUUUUAACUAUUGUGAUAUAAUUCCAGAUGAUAUGGAAGAUUACUUUUUCUUUUUAAAUGAUAAAGAUGUAGAUUCCAUUAGAAGCAAUAAAAUUAUUUUCUUAAAUGAAUCUAAAUUAUUACAAAAAAUAUUAUUUGAUCCUAUUUUAAUUGAGUUUAAUAUAAUAAUAUUAACAAACGUUCAUAAAAGAUUUUCAAAGACAGAUUUAAUUUUAUCGUUGUUAAAAAAGAUAAUUUUAAAAAGAACUGAUUUAUUUAUUUUUAUUUUUUCAGAUUUUUUUAUUGAAAAUGUUCUUAACUUUUUUAAUUCUUAUAAUAACUUAAACAUUUUUAAUCAAACAUUAUCAACGCAUAAAGAAAUAAAUCAUGAUGAAAUAAUUGAACAAAAUUUUACAAAUACAUUAAAACUUGAAGAGAAAAAAAAAAAAAAGGAAAAUAAUAAUAUAUAUAGAGAUUUCAAAUAUGAAAAAACAAUAUAUAACGAAGAAAAAGAAAAUAAUGUAAAUCAUGAAAAAAAGGACGAUGAAAAACAUAAGAACAAAAAUAAUGAAAAAAGUGAAAAAGCAAAUAAUAAUAAACAUGAAAAAGAAAAAGAUGAUAAAUAUGAUAAAUGUAAUGAUGAUAAUUGUAUAAAAGAUAGUAAUGGAAAAUACAAGAAUGAAAAUAUGAAAAAUAAUAAAUAUGAAAAAAAAUACAAAGAUAUUGUUGAAGAGAAAGUAAGGAAGAAAAAUGAAUUAAGAAAUAGUAGUUUAGAAUGUUCAAAAAGACACAUUUAUAAGAAGAAAAAAUCCAAUAAUAAAAAGGGUCAAUAUGAUGAUUCAGAAAAAAAUGAACAAGAACGAAAAUAUUUUUCCAUAAAAAAUAUGAAAUUGAAAGAUUUAAUAAAUAAAAAAAAUUGUUAUGUAAAUAGUAGGAGUAACACUUUAUCAAGUGAAGAAGAAAAAAAAAAAAAAAAAAAAAAUUUUACUUAUUUAAAUGAAAAACAUUAUUCUUCCUAUGAUUCACAUAUAGGAAAACAAUGGAUACUAGAAAAAGAUGAAGUUAACGAUGAAGAGGAAGAAAGAAAAAAAAAAAAAAAAAAAGUAUUAAAUUGUCUGUUUGAGGAUUCAGUUAACCAUUCCUUAAUAUUCGAUUACAAAAACGAUUAUGAUGAAAAUGAACUGAAUAAAGUGUUAGAGAAUGAAGAAAAUAUAAUUUGCAAAUUAAAUGAAUGGAAAAAACUUACGGAAGAGUUAGAAAAAGUUAACAAUUCUAUACGUAUAUUUGUUUUUCAUUUAUCUAACAAUAUUAGUUAUAAUAAUAGAAGGAAAGAUAAUAGAACUAACGAUAUAGAGAAUAACAAAAUAUAUUAUUUAAAAAAAAGAUGUUCAAAUUACUUAGAAACAAGUAUUGAUUUAAUUAAGAAAUUAAUUGAAAAUAAAAAAACUAAUGAAAAUAUUCUAAUAAUCUUAAAUAACGACUAUGAAAUAGAAAUAGUAAAAAAUGGAUUACAGGAUAAGAAUAUAUCAAGUAAUUAUAUUGAAAUAAUAAAAGAUAAAUAUACAAAUGAUUUUGAUAUAAAUAAAUUAAAUAACAAAGUUAUAAUAUUAAAGGAUAUGACAUUUUAUAGGAAAUUAAAAAACAUAAAAUAUAUAAUAGAUACUUGUUACAUGAAGGAUGAAAUUUAUGAUUAUGAUCUUAAUGUAACACAUAAAUAUACUGUAUUAAGUAAUAAAAAUAAAUGUGAAGAAAGAAAUUUCAUUUCAAAUAAUUCCACUUGCUUUCGACUUAUAACAAUUAAUGAUUACCUUAACUUAAUGAAUGAAUACCCCUUACCUCAAAUAUUAAAAAAAGAUAUUUUUUACAACAUAUAUUUUUUAAAAACAAUAGGAGUAAAAAAUAUAUGUUCUUUUGACUUUAUUACUGCACCUUUGUUAAAAUCAUUGAAAAGAUGUUUUGAGUUAUUUUAUAUUUUAAAAUUAAUGGAUAUUAAUGGAAAUAUAAUUGAUAAAAAACUAAGUUUAUUAAUAUGCUAUUUGCCACUAAAAUUUAAGUACAGCAUAUUUUUAAUAAAUAGUAUAAAGUAUAAAUGUGUUUACGAAGUAUCUAUUAUAGUUAGUAUGCUCAUUAAUGAACCUAUAUUUUCAUUUAAUCAUAAAAAUGCAAAUAGAUUAAAAACGAUGAGGCUGUCCUUAAUGGCAGAAGAAAGCGACAUUUUAAGUUAUUAUAAUAUAUUUCAAAAUUUUAAUAAAGCAAAAAAUAAAAAAAACUUUUGUUAUGAUCAUUUUUUAGUUUAUAAUUCUAUUAAAAAAGCUACUGAUUUCUUUAAUAAAUUAAAAAACAUAUUAAAUGAUUUUGGCAUAGAAAUGAAAAAAUCAAAUAAUAUAGAAUAUAUAUUUAAAGCUAAAAUAUCUUCCUUUUUUUAUAAUGUUUCAAAAGUAGUAAGUGAUAAUAAUUACAAAUUAUUAAACAAAAAAAGUGAUAAAUUAUUUUCUCUUCAUCCCUUAUCUAUUUUAAACGAAACUGAAUGUGACAAAAGAAAAUUCAUUGUGUAUAUAGAUGCAUAUUCAAAUAAUCAAUCACAAAUUUUUAUUAAAAAUGCAUCUAUUAUAGAUCCUCUAUGGUUGACCGAUGUAUAUCCUUCAUAUUUUUUUAACAAACAUAUUAAAAAUAUGGAAGAAAUAAAAUAA